UUUCCCCGCAAGCUUACCCAACCCGGCAAGGCGGCAACCAAAAGAAAUGCGCAUGAGAAAAGCCGAGGAGAACUUCUGGAGAAGUCCAUUUGAGUCUUCGUUGAACCUCUGAAACCCUAAAAAUGGGUUCUUGUUUUCUGGAUCAGACGUUAAGACGGAGCAACUUAACAGAUUAAAAUAACGGACCAAAUUAUUAAUUGCAGACCGACCGAUGGUCUUUUCUUCAACCCUCAGCCUCUCGCGGAUAUGACUUCACCGUUUCUAGCUGGACUUGCUGUGGCAGCUACUGCUCUUGCUGGAAGAUAUGGGAUCCAAGCGUGGCAAUCAUUUAAGGCUCGACCAGCUACACCUAUCAUGCGCAAGUUCUAUGAUGGUGGUUUCCAACCUACAAUGACAAAAAGAGAAGCAGCUCUUAUUCUUGGUGUUAGGGAACAUGCAACUCCGGACAAGGUUAAGGAAGCUCACAAAAAGGUGAUGGUUGCAAACCAUCCAGAUGCAGGUGGCAGCCAUUACCUUGCUUCCAAAAUUAAUGAAGCAAAAGACGUAAUGCUUGGAAAGACAAAGGGAAGUGGAUCGGCCUUCUGAUCCCACAUACUCCCAAGCCUCUUUUGUCAAAGCAUGGAAGUGGAGCUAGAAGAGUGAGGCGCCCUCUUUCACAACAGAAAAAGGGGGCACAGUUUUUCCAUUACUUCUUAAAUACAUGUUCAAUCUAAUUCUUGGGUGUUGUAUUAGGCAUAAAGAGUGUUGAAGCAAGAGUUAUCCAAUUCUUUUAUGACCACAAAAGGUUUAUUUAUAAAAUUUUCCAUAUAUUAGAUAGGAAGCAAUCAUUUAAGAUUGGAAACUGGAUAUAUUGUUAUUAUUUGAAGGGACUGAAGCCCACUGAGCAUCUAUUUUUCCUGAGCUUUUAAA